UCCCUCGAUUACAAUGUUUUCCCCGCACGCAGACUUGUUAGUGGUUCGACAAACAGGACUGGAGAUUAUGGAAAUUUCUAACAGCAAAACGGCACCACACAAUUACCAGGCUGCCAAUCAAUCACAACAGCAGCAGCAACAGCAACAACAGCAACCGCAACAACAAGCACAGCAACCACAACAUCGAAAGCAGCCGUCACUCGCCCGUGGGAGGCGUAACCGAUAUCCACCCAGAUCAAUACCGGGCCGAAACACGACGGAAGCGAGGCCCCCGGCACGAAGCUCAAAUGGGUAUGGGCAAGGACAGUCAGGACAAGAUGGCUCCCCUGGUCCUACGAACAAACUUCCAGCAAAUACCUUUUCGGCGGCCAGCCCACCUUUGCCUCCGACAACGAAUGCUGCCACUGAGUCGCGUGAAACUUCGCCCUCGCCAUCGACGCCACCGCCGACGGACCAAAAAACUGAGCACAUAAAAUACGCAGCUGAAGCAGCACUUGAGAAUUUCAUUGCGCACCUGGAAGCGCUCAUGUUGUGCCCACCAGCUCCAUGGCGUGGCGAUAUUCUGUCAGCCGUACUUUCGGAACACCUCUGUCUGAUCAGUUCGUGUAGCCGGAACAUUCAUCCAAUAGAUAACAGAAUCCAUCACGCCGCACGAAAGCUCUCGAUGCUCAAGCAAUCUGGAAAUCUGCACCUGAUACUGCCGAUAGUUCCACCCCCAGUUGACACGGCUUAUCGGCCGUAUCCUGCGCCCAUGGCCAAUCCGCCGACCACAACUUACCAGGACAAUUUGACGACACCAUCGUCACCAACUGUGUCUCGGCCACCCCAAGACCAGUCGGAUCCAGCUCUGAGGGAAUUCGCCGAUCCAGCAAGUUCUGAUCAGGCAAUACAUGGGCCGCCUGAGCAAUUCCAGAUUCCCCAACGGCAGCCAGUAGGACCGCAACCUAACCCGUCGCCCCACUUGCCUCAGGGGCAUUUACCUGUACCGAAUCAUUCACCCGCCAUUCAAGAUCCGAUAAUCGGGACUGCACCAGCAACACCAGUUCAAAUGACCUCCUUGCCAGAUAUCGACCAGCAUCAUUCGACGAUGCCGCACCUAUGCAAGUCAGCUUCCAGGUUGGCUCCGCCACCAUAUCCACCCCACGUGAGGCCACACUAUCAGCCAUAUGACCCCAAUAUUCCAGCCCCAAUCAUUCCGAGCGAGCCUUCUUCAUGCCCCGCUGAACAAUGGAACGUUCCCAAUCAAUAUCCGAUAGCCUAUACGUUUACAGGUGGGACUCAAACAACGCAGCACCAAAUUCCCGCUGGAGGUGUUUACCAUGCACCGGAGUACUACGUAUGUCCACCUGGCAAUUACAGCAUCCUACCUGCUGCGCCGAUGAUGUCGUACGGUUCCUCGUACACAGGGGGCUAUCAGCGAGUGCAAGGGCAAAAUGGCGUCGCCGGUGUUUCAACAGGACAGAAUGGCAGUCUACAAGUGCUUCAUGGAGUUGAAGGAUGCUCUCAGCCUCCGGCUUCAAGGACCCCAACAACGGAGUAAUAACAUGAAUAAGCGUUCAUUCGCUUUAAUUUUUCGUAAAAAUUUAGAUAAUACUAUUACCAUUUGCAAUGUCGUAAGCGAUCAACUUUUUGUACUGAAAAUUCUAGGGUCAAAUCUAGUCCAUCAAAUAAACCAUCAAUCAUGUACAUAUACAUCGAUGUGUGUUCAUAAUAUUACGGGACGAUAUACGGACCAAUUGCAUUAAUAUGUGCAUCAACUCGAACGGCGUUCCAGUAAGCGUUCACAGCGAAGUGUUAUUUUUAUUGUCGAACAAUUCUCUUUUACGGAGUGGAUAUUCUAACGUAUACAUAAAAGAGGUCGGCCGCGUUUACUAAUAAAAUGCACACUAUAUGAAUAGAACAAGAUGUGUCUUACAAUUCCGUUACAUGCAGGUAUUCCUGCACACAAGGAGAUCAGUGACAUACCCUAUACACACGUGUUAUUUGUGCCUGAAUAGAAGUGGGUAAAGUGACCUUUUCACGAACCCAAGCACAGAUCAUGUAUCGACCACGUUGUCCAGUUAACGGUAGGUACACCACGUGCUCCUUGUGGGACCGGAUCGUUGUAGCUAAUUGCUUUGAUUUGACGCAAUGUAAUUCCGUUGGAAAAGGCAAAUCGAAAUAUGGCAGAAGUUUAAAAAAAUCGUGUGACAAAAAAAAACAGGCCAUUUUUUUUUAAGGUGUAAUGCGUACACAUACGAAUUCAGUGAUCCAAAAUUAAUGCAAUACGCGGUUAGUUAGAAUAGAUGCUAUCCAA